AUGACUACGCAUACUCUUCUUUUUACCAUUUUUAUAGCGACAGUCUAUCAGGUUCGCGUCAGAACGGGAAAUCUGCAUGGGGGAGGCACGUCAGCCCAAGUCUAUUUGACGUUAGUUGGGGACGCAUCGGAGUCUGGCGAGUUCAUCUUCUCCAACUCCAAGGGGCGCGUUUUUGCCAAAGAUCGUGAGGCCGUUUUUAAGGUUGAGGCUGCUGGCUUGGGAAAAUUGACUAAAAUUCGCCUACGACACGACAACAGUGGUCCAAGUCCAGACUGGUACCCACGCGACGUAACAGUGAGUGAAAUUGGGAACAGUGAUGAGCGUGUCUACUACUUUCCUUGCAAUCAAUGGUUGGCUGCCACCACAGACGGGUCGGGUCGUCUGGUGCGCGAGUUCACUGCCGCUCCACUGAGACAGCGCAAUGUCAGGCCCGAGGACAUUCCCGUCAGUGCCUAUGCCGACGGAACUGCUCAAAUGACUCAACAAAGUCCACCUUUCAAACGAUCCGAGGAUGGGAGCCUCACGAUGCUGGGUACAAAUAUUGACAUUGCGAAUUUUUAA